AUGCCUGCCGACCAGGGCUCCCUGUAUGGGCAAGCCCGCUCCAAGAAGAAAGCCGAAGUCAGAGCGUCAGACCUCGCCUUCAGCUCUCAACUAUCUUCACUCAUAGCCCAGGAUUCGACCUCCGCUUCCUCGCGAGGACGCCAGCGUCCCUCUAAGCAUCCAAAGCCAGAUAUCUUUUCGAAGCACAACAAAGGUGCUCAGAAGCGUGCAGCCACAGACCUUACAGACGAUAGCCGGGCCACCAAGCAAGUCCAUCUGAGCAGCCAGGACAUUGGCUCCAUCGAUGCCAACACCCUCGGCCGGUCUCGACGCCGAAUGGAGGAAAAGGUGCGCAUUUAUGAGGAUAUGAAAAAGGGACUUCACCUUGCGGGUGACAGUGACGACGAUGAUAUUCCCACCGAUCCAAAUAGCCAAGAGGCCUACCUUGUCCGACUGCGACGCAAGGAGAAAGAUGCAUUGGUCGAUUUCGAUCUUAAGCACACCGAGGAGCAGCACAUAGGAGAUGAUGAAGACGAUGACUCCGCAUCUAUCGUUUCUUAUGAGGAUGAGUUCGGCCGUUCUCGCCGCGGCACUCGAGCCGAAGCUCGAGAAGCUGCUCGUGCCAAGGACGAAGAGGCAGGUGGCGGCCAGGAGCGCUGGCGCCCUGCUCGUCCCGACAAUCUGAUUUAUGGAGAGGCCAUUCAAACCGAGGCCUUCAACCCCGAAGCCAACAUUGCUGCGCAGAUGACCAAGCUGGCUGCUCGUCGUGACCGCUCACCCACCCCACCCGAGAAUAAGCACUACGACGCUGCUGGAGAGGUGCGCAACCGCGGUACCGGAUUCUACACCUUUUCCACCAACGAGGACGAACGUAAGAAGCAGAUGGAGGAGCUGGAAGCUGCGCGAUUGCAUACUUUGUUCAAACGGCAAACUGACGAGGAACGGGCCGCCGCACGCAAGGCUUAUGAGCAGUGGCGGCGCGACGAGCUCAAGAAAGAGCAUGAAAACUACAAGGAGAAACAACGCUGGUGGCAGGCUGAAAUCGAGAAAGAUCCGGAGAAAGCAAAGCCCACUCCACGUACAGAACUUCCUCGAAGAUGGAUGUAUGGGCCUCCGGGUACACCACUUCCAGAGGUCAACUACAAAGGUUACAUGUGGUGGCGAUACAAGGUGGAGGUGACGCCUGAGCCAGAGGGAUUACCUGAUUCUUCCUCUUAG